AUGGGGUUGACGAGAGCCAAAGAUGGCAAUCCGUCCACCAGAUUUUAUGAAAACCCAGAGAUCAUUGCCACUUUUGAUCCAGUGAGGAUCUGGUUGACACGAAAUCACAAGAAGUAUACGCAAACUGAGCCUCCUACGAAUAAAAGUUUGGCCACUUUAUGCUUUCAACUACUUCAGUUUCAAGAAGUUAAUUUCACAAGCAGUUCUCGGAAUUUCAUGAAAAUUCCAUUCAAGUGCUUUAUGGAUUUUAAACCAGGUGGUGGAUUGUGUCAUAUAUUUCUUACUUGUUUCAAAUUUCGUCACGAAAACAACUGGAAGAAGAUUGAUCUCUCCUCAUCCUCAAGGUUAGAGAAACAUCUCGAAAUGUUUUCGGUGAUUGAACGCGAACUGAUCACUUGUGAGUGUAUGGAAAAACCCAUUAUCUACAUAUCUCCUGCAGUUGAAAAGGCUUUGAAUUCUAGACUACGAGAAUCCGCUAAACGCCUGAAUAUAACUGUUGUUGAGUCGGUUUCUGAGGCUACGCAUAUUUUACAUCAACCUCCUUCAAAUUGGCCUGGCGAUAGUCGAGAUGAUUUUCAAAUUCAGCGUUUUCGAGUCAUGUAUCACGAAGGUCGAGGAGUUCUUCUGCACUGGUUAUAUUCACCUGGUUCACAUACCACAUGGUACACUGGUCUACAAGUUGAAUGGCCUUCUGAGGCUGAAGCACCUAUAAAUCCUGGAAAUGGGCGUCCAUGGGAUGUGGAUGCCCGUUGGCUUUUGUACUCAGAUGAGACUUAUGAAUGGAUGGUUGAAGAGGAUUUCUUAGCACCAGCUUCUCAUAUCAAACCUAGACAGACGUAUUCACCGGAGGAAUUCUUGUCAAUGGGUACAUCACCUUCAAUUGUCAGUAACACUUCAUCUGCUCACUUUAACAAUUCAUGUGCAUCAACAUCUCAUCUUGAUAGUGGAAGUAAAAAGAAACGUCGUAGAUCACCAUCUCCAUCAGCAAUAGAUUCUACUCAACUGAAUGUUAGUAGUAAAAAGCGACGGCCUGGUUCAUCGUUUACCAAUUCUAAUGAACGAUCAAGUCGUGGUUCAAGUAGUCAUCAAGUUUCUCGUAAAAUUCGUAAAGAGGAUGAAGAUGAGUCUUCUUGUCACACUGGUCCACCAGAUCCCAGCAAAGAGGAUACUAAUGACACCGAUAUUACAAAAGAUUUUGAUGAUCCUGAACCGCCUAACAAAGUCACACCAAUCACACCACCAAAUGGUUCUGCAGCAUCGGGAUUCAAUGCAUCACGACCAACACGAACUAGUAAUAACGCUUCGCAUGGCGGUGAUGGUAUAGAUGGAGGAAUAAAUGAAUAUCAUACUGGAAUAAGUGGAGUUGGAGAUUUAGGUUCUACCAGUUGUGGUGGUCAAGGUGAUGAAAGCCGACCAGGUGCUAUACAUACUGAUUUAAGCGUAACGGAACAAGCUCAUUGCAUUGUUAUCCCAUCUUAUUCUGCAUGGUUCGAUUAUAAUGCUAUACAUGGGAUUGAACGUCGUGCAUUGCCUGAAUUUUUCAAUGGUCAGAAUAAAAGUAAAACACCAGAAGUUUAUUUAGCCUAUCGUAACUUUAUGGUGGAUACAUAUCGUUUAAAUCCACAGGAAUACCUUACAUUUACAGCAUGCCGACGAAACCUAACUGGAGAUGUUUGUUCCAUACUUCGAGUUCAUGCCUUCUUAGAACAGUGGGGUUUAAUUAAUUAUCAAGUAACAGCACCUUUAACAACUUCAACUGGUGGCACUUUGGGUGUAUCAGGUGGUGCAACAGAAGCUGCUCGACUUGCUGUCGCUGCAAGUCUUGGACCACCGAGUACAGCUCAUUUUCAUAUUCUAGCUGAUAGUGCUAGUGGAUUACAACCAGUUGGUAAUCAAAAUCUUGUUGCUACCAGCUCAGUUGUUCCAACUACCAGCAGUAAUAGUAGUAGUAAUAGUAAUAUUGUUGGUACUGCAACAUCAAUUGACGGAGGCCAGCCUGAUCCACAGAAACUACAGUCUGGUCUUACAAGUAAAGACGGGACUGCUGCUGCUUCUGCUACAAUUAAUAACGAUGUUACUUCAAUCACCAGUAAUACAACUAAACCAGAGUUACAGGGGGGUAAUGAAUAUACUGGUACAACGAUUUCGACGUCGAUACCAGGGACAGCUGCAUCAAUAGCAAUAACCAACACUACAGUUUCUAUUACUAUGCCAACUACAACUACGAAUGCUGUUGCUACGGCUGCUGCUGCUAAUACACAAGCAACAGGGGUUAAUAAGUUGCCGAGUAUUGGCGAUCCAAAUCUGCGAACAGAUCAAUAUCUGGCCAAUACAAGCAUCAAUAAAUCUGCCUCAUUAGAUGGUCGUAGCCAACCAGUUACCAAUUCUUCAACGAUAGUUUCUUCAGACUCAACACCACAGGCUACAGUUGUCAAUAAUAAACUUCUCAAAGGUGCUACACAAAGUGGUUGGAGUGAUCAAGAAACUUUGUUAUUAUUAGAGGCUUUAGAACUAUAUCGUGAUGAUUGGAAUAAGGUUGCUGAGCAUGUUGGUAGUCGAACGCAAGAAGAGUGUAUUCUUCAUUUCCUCCGUUUGCCUAUUGAAGAUGCCUAUCUAGAAGGCUCAGAUCCAAUAUUGAAUUUAACAUCUCUGGCAAAUUCAAGUCACCCUACACCACCGUUUUCAAAGGCUGCAAAUCCAAUUUUAUCUACAGUCGCAUUUUUAGCCGCUGCUGUAGAUCCUCGAGUAGCUGCAGCAGCAGCUCAAGCGGCACUCACUGAAUAUGCUAAAAUGCGAGAUGAAGUCCCCGCAGGUUUAUUGCGAGAGCAUAAAGCACGCGUUGAAGCUGCUGUGAAAUUAGGCCAUCAAGUUGAUCCACAAAAAUUCGGUUUAGAUGAAGUUGGUGGGAGUAAAAUCAGUGACACUGAGAAACUUUCUAAACCGACCGGUCUGGCUGCAGCUACUGUUACUGCUGCCUCUACCGUUGUCAAUGCAGAGAAACCAGUUGAACAAGUGUUAGUCGACAAUGAAGUAAAAGAAACUGAUCGUAAAGAAAAUGUUCCUUUGGAUCCCGCCACCACUACCAUGGAUGAUUUAACCGAUGAAAAUAAAUUAUGCAAAAGUCCUGGAACUGUAGUCUCGAAAUUCGAAGAAUGUAAAAUGGAAAUUGAUGAAAGUCAAGAAAUUACUACUACUACUACUGCCGCUGUAGAUGUUAGUAAAACUGAACCAGUAAUCAUUACUGGGCAACAAGAGACUCCCGGUGAAAUUGAUGCUCGUGUAUCUGAUGAAGUUACAAGAAUCACUCAACUGAAACGUGAUGAAACACAACCAACUGCCAUUAUAUCUGAACAGACACCUCAACUCAUCCAUUCAGACACAACUACAACACCGACCACUGUUACCACAACUGUAUCAACUGUACAAGAUUCGGAGAAGUUGACUGACCAACCGCAGACAACAAAUGAAAAGGUGUCUACAAACUCAUUACCACCAAAUCCAGAUAGUUUAGGCACAGCUGCAGCUUGUGCCUUGGCUGCAGCAGCUAUUAAAGCACGUCAUUUAGCUAGUGUUGAAGAGAAGCGUAUUAAAGGUCUAGUCGCUCAAUUAGUUGAAACACAGUUAAAGAAAUUGGAUAUUAAACUUAAGCAAAUCCAGGAGUUAGAGAUUAUUAUGGAGAGAGAAUAUGAAAUGAUUGAACAAAUGCGCCAACAACUGUUGCAAGAACGUCAAGCAUUUCAUAUGGAAGUUAUUAAAACUAUGGAAAAUCGUGCUAGGUCCUUAGUACAUCAUCACCAACAGCAGCAGCAACAACAACAACAACAUGGCAGCGUUAUACCUCAACAGCCACAACAAUUGCAGCAGCAACACCCUCUACAACCUGUUUAUGGAACUCCAGUAACUUAUCCGGUUAAUCAAGUCGCACAUCCUAGUCAGAUACAACAGCCAGGUUCUCACGUUAUUCCACCACCUGGUUAUCCAUCUCACAACCCACCGGUGCCUAAUGAUGCUAGAGCAAUUAUAAAUCCUCCUUCUACAAAUCUGUCAGUUUAUCCACCAUCAAACUACCCAUCUGCUGCCGCACCACCACCUUUACCGUCGCCAAAUCAGCCACCUUCAGCUGGGCAUACAUCACCUACACCUACUCAACUUAUUCAACAUCAUCCACGUGAAGAGCCUCAAACACAACCACCGCCGGCGCCACCACCUCCAUCAUCACAUCCCACACCUAAUGCUGCACCCCAGACGGAAACAGUUAGUAGUGAUUCGUGGUCUGGAUCUGGCUAUCCAAUUACCUCAGAACCUCACAUUGUGCACCAACUUAUUGAACCGUCAAGAGACACACCUGUGCCAAAUAUUACUAUAACAAUCUCAUCUCAGAAUGUAACUCCUCCUGAUCCAACUUUAGCGAACAUUACAAUCGCCAAGCCUACACAACCCAUUAGUACUGUUGUUGAGGCUGGAAUUUUCGAACCUUCUAAGCAUCAUACUGCACCAUUGUCAAUAGAAAUGAAUUCUUGCACCGUAGCCAGCCUACUUUCCGAUGAGAAUAGUUCGAAUAUUGAAGUUCCUGAUCCAUGUAUAACUGCGACAAGUCCACUGGUUACGGAGAAUAAUCCUUCUACUCCUGAAUUGAGUGUUUCCAAAGAGGAAAAUACAGUUCAAGCGGAAUGA